GAGGAAUAAUUGCACAGGCGUACAUAAUUAAUCAUUGGACAUUAGAUAUACACUCCUACACUAUGCUUCCUAAAUAUGAGUCUGGUACUCAAAAGAGGGAAAUGAUAAGAAAUGAUAUUGCAUUAAUUCAAAGUCAAGCAGGGUAUAUCAACAAGUUCUUCAAAACCAACAAUGUGAAUGCGUUGAAUGAGGAUGAAGUAGAGAUUCAACAUGCCCAUGUUAAUGAAGUAAAUGAUAAGGAUGAAGAAGUGAGUUACCCUGCCUACGUUAAUGAAGUAGAUGAUAAGGAAAAAGAAGUGGGAAGUUCAAUUGUCAAGAAAGUUAAACAUGCAAAAUAUUUUGCAGUUAUAAUUGAUUGUACUCCAGAUGCAAGUUACGAGGAGCAAAUGUCUUUAAUUGUACGAUUUGUAGAUUAUUCGGUAAACUUACCUACAGUUGAAGAACGUUGGCUUGAAUUUUUGAAUGUAGAUGACACAACAGGACUUGGACUUGCAAUCGAGCUUCUAAAGGUUUUGAUAGAACUGAAUCUGGAUAUUGAUGACAUUAGAGGGCAAGGAUAUGACAACGAAUCUAACAUGAGCGGGAAGCACAAAGGUCAAACUGCACAGAUAAGAGAUGCAUUACUUGAUUUGAUAGAAAGUAAUGAAGAUCUUAAAGUGAAGAGUGAAGUUGAGUCGUUAGCAACACAUGAAUUUCAGAAUUUUGAGUUAUUGUUUGGCAUGGUAGUCUGGUACAGGUUGUUGCAUGCUAUCAAUAUU